AUGGCAACAGUUCGGCUGAAGAACGUUUUUGGUGAACCUUUCAAGCAGGUUUACUGUGACCUGAAGAUCAAUCCCAAACCUACAGCAUUUUCUGCUGGUAUGGCUGCAAGCACAACUCAUAUUGCAUUUCCCUGGGAAGUUGGAGGUGGUGGUUUAAUUUCUUUGAUCAAUAUGGAUAAGUUGGGACGCAACAGUGGUCUUAACCGUGUUGAUUUGAAAGGCCAUGCCGGUUCUCUGCAAGAUAUGAGCUUCAAUGACUUCGAUUACAACCUAUUGGCGUCUGCUUCCGAUGAUUGCAGUGUGAGAGUGUGGCGUAUUUCUAGCGAAAACAGCGCAUUGUGUAACUUGUCGGGUCACACCAAGAAGACUACCAAUGUUAUGUGGAACAGCGCUACAGACUACGUACUUAUGUCAGGCUCCAUGGACAACACAGUACGUGUGUGGGAUGUUCAGCACGAGGCUUCUGUUUCAUGCAUUUCAAUCGAUGGACAAUAUUCAUACUGCAACUGGUCGUACGAUGGCGAGACAAUGUUGGUAGCUACCAAGGAAGCUUGCGUGCUUUUUGCUGAUCCACGUGAUGGCAAGGUUACCAGUACCUUCAAGGCUCACGAUUCCAACAAGGCGACUAGCGUGCAAUGGUUGGGAGGUGCUUAUGGUUCCGAUCACUUGGCAACCACGGGUUAUGUGGGCAACCAGACCCGCCAGAUCCGUAUCUGGGACGCCCGAAACACUGCUCAGCCGCUAGUAUCGAAAGAUAUUGAUUCAGCUCCUGGCCCGCUUAUCCCUCAUUGGGACAGUGCUACCGGUCUAUUAACGGUCGUUGGUAAGGGUGAUUUGACGGUGCGCAUCUUCCAAUAUCUGGAAGGCGAUCUUAACCGUGCCGGAGAGAUUAAAUGCACCGGCACCAUUAAGUCCUUCUGCUUUAUCCCCAGUAGUGCGUGCGACAAGUCCAAGUGCGAAUUGGGUCGUAUGCUGUACAACAGCACCUGCAAGGAAAUCAACCCAAUCUCCGUGGUUGUACUAAGGCGCAACAGUGAAGCUGCAAUGGACGAGAUCUACGGAGGUAUUCAGCCACGGCGCCGUACGGUGGCCAGUGAGUGGCACGGUUGUGAUUUGGGAACCCCGCAAAAGAGUAUGGGUGCCCCCUCGAAUGAAGCUUCCACAUCGGCAUCUGCCCAGGUACCCGCCGCUGCGACCAAGACACCAGCCACCCCGUCUGUUGCGUCUCCAUCGGUUGACUGGGAAUCGACACCUACCGGCCGUGCUUUCAUUGACAUCAUCGGCUCCGUUAACGGCAUUAGCAUACGUUUUCAGCCGACGUUUGAUGAAGCGGAUAUGAUAUCAUCAUUGGAGUCCCUUAAGGCCCAGGUAGAAGGUCUGAUAGGUCAGCUGAAGGUUUCGCACGGUAUCUCAACUCCUGUACGUACUGCUACGCUACCUAAAUCUGAACCAUCUGUUGAUUCGAUCCCGGCGUCACGUUCUAGUUCACAAAAUGAAGCUAAACCGGCGUCACAAGGCUUAAAUAGUGUAAAAGCCGCCAUCGCCGCGAUGGAGGCUAGAGCUCAGGCAAAGACACAAGCCAGUGCCCGUUUCGGGAAAUAA